AUGAAAGCCUAUGAAACGGGUCUACAAAACGUGGCGCGAGACGAUCCAAGUUACGCCCAACUCAACAACGGUAAAGAUGCUGCGCGAAGACAACAUGAAAAACGCAUCGACAUCGUCCGUCAGCUUCCGGUAGAGAUCGUCGAAGAGAUUCUUAUGCUGCUGCCCAAAGAGUUUAAAUCGGUCUGCCUCCAAGUUUCAAACGCGUGGUGCAAAAAGACAUCGUGCUGCGCAAAUGCGUGGAAGGUAUCGAGUGACGAUGACAUCGAUGACGACCAGAUGAUCAACACCCUGCAGUGCAUCGCCGCUCACGUUGAAGACCUGACUAUUAACACCGAAGAAAAUGAAGUCUUAGACCAAUAUUUUCUCCACAUGGGGAAAGGCCAUUUUUCGAAUAUACGGUCACUCCACCUUACAGCAACCGCAACAUGA